UAUCAGUUCCUAAAGUAUUGUUGUGUGAUUCAUUUUGUAAGAGAAAGUGCGAUUUUUAUUUGUAAAAUGAGGAACCGUUCAUUUUCGAAACCUUUGCAAUAGUUUGCAUAUCAUCCCAGAAAAGUUAAUGUGCUAUUGCAGUUGACAGUCAUUUGUUCUUCGUAUUAAUUGAUGAUCCAGCAGUUUUUUGUAUACGUUUCUUAAAAGUGAUCACACAAAUCAUUCGUAGAAGGCAGCUCGUUUCUUUUAUUUCUAAUUUUGUGGCAUAUAGUUCUUCGCUAAAAAGUUAUUAAAGCAAAUGAACUGAUGGUAAGAAAGAAUUCAUAAUCAACUUUUCGAGGUCAUAAUGGAUCCCAAACAAAUAACUGCGCUGGCUAAGCUGUUGAAGGACAGUGGUGACAAAGUCUUAAAUAGCCAGUAUAAACUUACUUUAUCAGGAUCACUAUUGAGAGCACUAAAUGACUCAUUCAGUUUAAUCGUAGACAAAAAUGAAAUUUUACCACCAAAAAGUUUCCAGGUUGUAAAGCCAAACAAUGCUAAAUCAGAUGUAUUUCGUGAUCUACAGUUUAUCUACGAUUUUGUACAGAAGACUACUGUACUGAGCCUAAAUCAAUUUAUCAAUGAUGAUUUAUACAAAUUUGCGGUGGAUAUUGGACAAUUUAGAAACCUCCGUAAACUGGAAAUCCAAAAGAUUCCGAUUAGUCAGAUUAUUGGAAUUCAGCAGAUAAGGUCACAACUUAGCGAAAUUAUUUGUAUUCGAAGCAUGUCACACGUAGGAGAAAUUAUAACUUCCUGUGGAGGCGAUAACAGUAACGGAUUCACGUGGAAUGAACUGCGGGUGGCAAAUUUUUCUUACAACAUGUUGGAUCACAUCGAUAGUUCUUUGGAGUUUACGCCAUGGUUAGAACAUCUCAACUUGAGUCACAAUCAGAUUGUAAGCGUGUCUGCUAUAAAAUGGUUGCCUAACUUGCGUGUAUUGAACUUAGGCUUCAACCGUUUAACGCAUAUCCCAACGCUUCAUGUGGACGCAGCGCGAAAGCUCCGAGCUUUGUUUAUUUCGAAUAAUUUUAUAGAAGACCUUACAGGAAUAUCUCGUUUGCUUACAUUAAGAGACUUGGAUAUUUCUGGAAACUGUAUCGUAGAUCAUGCAGCUCUACUUCCUAUCAGUACUCUUUCUUCGCUGUGCUGCUUGAAUGUGAAAGAUAAUCCGCUCGCUUGCCAUCCAAAGCAUCGACAAGCAACAGCACGAUACCUCAAUAAGAACACGUCUCAACUGAAGUUUGUGCUUGAUGAUGAGGUUUUGUCCAAAUAUGAAAAAACUUUAACUGGUAACUAUGACAGUUAUUAUGCAAUACUCGUCCCCAGAAGUCCAGGCAGUACUUGCUCUAGUAAUUUAAACACGCCAACAAGGAAAAGCUUGAAUAAUACACCAACAGGUAGCAUUACAUCGAAAAGCAGUCUAAACACAGAUUACAAAGAUGAGAUGAACUCUUCGGCAAAUUACCAAAAACGAAUUAAAGUGCGACGCGCGAUAAUAUCGGAGAGCGACACAACUGAUAACGACAAAACGUCAACAUCCGUGCUAGAUUCUAAUGUAUCAUCAAAAACAUUGGAAUUCAGCAAUGAUCAUCUUGAAACAAAAAAGCAAAUUGAGAAUCUGCGCAAACAGUUCGGGUGUGAAUGGUUGCAAAGCCAAGCCGGUGAUAUGGUGAAGAAUGUGAUUGGGUUUGAUCCUGCAUGUGAAAAAGAGUUUGAAAGUGUGACGCAUUACGAAAAUGUUACUCGGAAUACUAAUUUGCCGGAUAAUAACACGACUACAAAAUCACUCGUAAUUCUAUCCGGGAGAGAAAAUAACUUAGACCAAGCUAAGAAUGAUAGCAAUAUGAUGACAUCAACUCCAGUGAAUCAAGAUCGCUCAACGUUAGCGGAAACAUUCGAAUCCCCAAUUAAAGGCAAUCAACAAUCAGACGUGUGUUCAAAUGUGUCUGGUUUUAAGAGUGCCAUCGAUGAAAAUGAAUCGAACUAUCUUUCGGUGGUCGAUACUACGCGUGAGUCGUUAGAUUUAACGAAUAUAUAUGGAAAAGUUGCAGAUACGGAAACAGAAUCGGACGUAGAAGAAAAUGAAAGAUGUUACAUGGUAAACGCCAAAGGAAGUCCGAUUGAACUUUGUUUGAUAAUUUCAGACAUGAGCAUUCGUGAAAAAGAUAGCGGAAAGACUAAAACUCGCUGGGGAAUAAAAACAUUGCAAGCAUGUGAACGUUCUACGUCGACAAGCAUCACAUUACUAUUCGAUACAGUUAAAAAAGAUAAAAAAAUACGCACGUAUGAAAUUGACGAGCAGACGUGUCAGGAUUUAGAAAGCUAUUUGCGUGACAUUCUUUCUAAAAGGCCAUUAUCGGAAAUGAAUCAAAAGUUGUUUAAAUGUGUCGUAUGUAAUGCCAAAUUUUCCAGAGAAAUCAAUGCAAAAAAGGCUUACGAUGAUUUGCAAUGCCCUGAAUGCAAUGGGGGUUACUGCAUAGAGAUUAAAGAAUCUCCAAUCAAGCAGUCCCUGGAAGGCAUUACAAAACCGAUAGGCAGUGACGGUGACGUCAACACAUCUGACGCUGACGAUUUUGCUCAACCUGUAGCAGGAUCAUCGGGGCUUGGGGCUAUGCUCAAAAAAACUAGCUCGAAAAACAGCAUUGAGACGCCGGAAGCAUGGAAGUCGCCGGUCAAAUACAAACCGAGAUCUGCUGGUUCAUUAAAUGAUUCAUCUUCGUGUUCUCGGAUAUCGCAACCGAGUAGCUCAUGCGAUUCAAACCGAAGCGUAGCAGGAAGUACUAACUCUGAGCGUGACCGAGACGUAGAUUUGCUCGGGAAUGAGAGUGAUAUCGAAAUUCUCAGCAACCCUAGUCAGAGCAGUAUCGAGGUGCUCGAUAGUGGAUUCCAUCCAAGUAGAAAACACUCCGAAGAACGAAAGGCAUUCGCCUUACCAGGAUUGGAUUCAAUAGCCGACAAAAGCUUUAAUAUAUCGACAACGCUCAUCAACCAAGAGACAUCGACAAAUGAUCUCAAUACAAAGGUUGCGGAGAUUAUAGCCAAGACGAAACUAGAAAAUGUUCCGCUAACUGCUUCCGCGCAGACAGAAAACGAGGAAACUUUAACAAUAAAACCUAAUCUUUCCCAGCACAAAAAGACUUUUUUGGCGGCUGCAAACCUAACAGAAAGCAGUUCUUCUGGGUCCGUUACCGAUAGUGUAUGUACAGCUUAUGAAUCUAAUCAAGAUCAAAAACAACAUAAAUCUUUUUCUGAAGAAACAUUAGAAAAUCAAAAGGUGAAAUCAAGUGCUGACAAGCAAACUCUAGCAUCUCCUACAGCUAAAGGAGAUAACUCGGUUAUAAGCACAAUGCUUGGGGGACUUUUUCAAUCCACUAAUAUGUUAAUGUCUAAAACUCCGAAACAAGGCAAAUUGGAUUCUUCACCGAAGUUAGCUUUCGAGCCAAUGCGAUACUCGUACACGGACUAUGCAAACGUCGAUCACAGAUUAAAGUUGUAUCUUUAUCAACAUUUGUUUGAAGAUGCAAACGAAGGUUUAAAAUGGCUAGUGUCGUGCGUAAUUUUUGAUGAAAAUCAGCUGGACGAGUGGCCUACCGGUUUCGAUGGGUUGUUUAUUAUGUCCACAACUAAAUUUUACGUUAUGAAAAUUACUGCUGCACAAAAUGAUGAUCCAUCAACUUGGCUGAGAAAACACUUAUCAGGGACAAUAGAUCGUGUUGGGAUUGCGCAGGUGCUUCCGUGGAAAAUAGGAAUUAAAUUUCUGAUAAGCGCGAUCGGUGGCAUUCACAUUAUUUUGCAAGAUAUUUUGCGAACUGAUUGUCUAAUGUUGUUCUUUGCUGAAAAUCCUCUUCCAGAGUAUUGCACACUUGACCUGCAGUCGUCCGAAUUGCUUACUGGUAAAUUGGUUAAAGCUACCAAAGGAGACACGGUUAAAAUUUUGAUGAUCGUCAAUUUUUGUGAAGUUUUAUCCAAUGAUGAACUGCAGAGUGUUCAGCUGUGUACGUUACUGUUGACAGAUAGUUAUUUAUAUUUGGCAGCAGAUAUCAAAUGGCUAAAUGAAAACAGCAAGUAUCCUAUUGAACCGAAAUUCACGCAGCUGAUGUCAAACCUUGUGGAGCUGGAAGUCAUCAACAGUCUAUCUUGCCGGUUGCACUUUAUGGACGAACAGGAAGAUAAGUAUGAAACAUGGCGAAUAGACUUUGCUACUGAUACCGCCAAAGAGAGUACUGUGACCACUAUUUGUAGCUCGUGGGAGAAAAUUUUUGGAGUGCCUUUAAUUAGCAGUAGAAAUACUAUCAGCAAUAAUAAUAAUAACAAUAAAGAUAAUAGCACGAUAUGUAAAACUGAUACUACCGAUAUUAACGUUAGUUCAGAUAAAAAUAAGAAUAAUAGUGAAAAUUGAUGUGUAUAUGUGCAGAUAUCCUCGUGAUAAUGAUUUAGUCACUUUUAACCACUUCCGUUAUAUACGUGUUUCAUGUGCAUCGUUUAUCAGGGUGAUAUUAGAUCUUAUUCAUAACUAAACGUUUUACCAUUCUUUUGUGUGUUUUCGACUGUGAGAUAUGUAAUAUAUUUAUGUCUGUUUUGACCAUAUUCAACCACGCGUUAGCUAUAAGUAGGGGUAAUAGGGGCAUAAUGAGCAUACGGGGCAAAAUGGGCCACCGUUCGUUUGGGCUUAUUGGACAAUCAAUUUCGCUAAUUUGAUUAAUGAACUUGUUGAUAAUGUUCUUAAUAAGCAUUUCAACAAAAACUGCAUCCAAAUUCGUUGACAUGUCUGAGAUAUUGAGAAAAUACUCGAGCCGACUCAAGAUUGUAAAAAUGCUAUAAGAAUUGCAACCCACAAAAUAAGCUCUAUAGCUAUUUGUUGCGUGCUCUGGACUUCUCCACUCCAUAUAUGGUUACUAUUACCAUAUAUGAACAAUCGCUUUGUAUAAUUGAGAUAUUUUUUUUGUUUUAUCGAAUUAUUAUAAUUAUUUUUGAUUAGUAUAGCUGUAAGGGGCAUAAUGAGCAUACCUGGCAAUGUGUUUGUACAUAACCCAUAAACGCUGGAAAGUAAUAUAAACAUUAAAAUGACACAGUCAAGUAUAAUGCUGCGUGAUUGCACGCAACAAUCAACCCGAAAAUAGCGGUUACAGAGCAAAAGUGGUGUCUUUCAUCUACCUGCCACUUCUCCGCCAUGUUGCCUAUGUUGUUCAACUGAAAAAAAAUCGGUAAAUAAAAACAAUCAUAAAACAACCGCUAAAUGAAAUGAAAAUAGUCACCAUUUCGCUUUUCUUUGUAUUGAUAUAAUCUUUUAUGUUAUUUUCUAGUAAAAACUGGCUAAAAUGGUAACUUCAACUAAAGUGCCCAUAUUGCCCCGUAUAGUGGCCCAUUAUGCCCCGUAUGGUUUUUGAACGAAGCAAAAAGUAUCAUUUUUUAAACAUUCAAAUUUGAUGGCUGUUCAUAGUUAAUCAAUAUUCUAACAUUGUUAAUUUAUCAAAGACAUAUCAAAUCGUAAGUUUAUGGCAAUUACCAGAAUUUUGAUUACGCGCUACAUGUUUUAUGACGCGUUUUGCUUAGGUGGCCCAUAUUGCCCCUACCACCCCUAAAUAGGCAUUAGAAUUAAGUGCCGUAUACUUUCAGGCUCUAUUCAGUUGGAAACUAUAGUAAUACAUAUGAAAAUAAUUUGGCGUAAAUAAAAAUUUUCUAUUUUGGAG